AUGGAUAAUAUUGAUCCGGACACUCUAUUAGAGUGGCUGCAAACAGGGGUCGAUGAAGAUCGAGAAAUCCAGUUAACUGCUCUUGAACAGCUGUGUAUGCUUUUGUUGAUGAGCGACAAUAUUGACCGAUGUUUUGAAAGUUGUCCACCGAGAACAUUUUUACCAGCGCUUUGUAAAAUUUUUCUCGAUAAAACUGCUACCGAAAAUGUUUUAGAGGUAACUGCACGUGCCAUAACUUAUUAUUUGGAUGUUUCUAAUGAGUGCACUAGGAGAGUGACGCAAGUCGAUGGCGCUAUCAGAGCGAUUUGCAAUCGUUUGACAAUAACUGAUUUAAAUGAUCGAACAAGCAAAGAUCUAGCUGAACAGUGCGUGAAAUUGUUGGAACAUGUUUGCCAAAGAGAAACGUCAGCAGUAUAUGAUGCCGGUGGACUGCAGUGUGUUUUAAGUCUGAUCAGUCAACAUGGCCAGCGGAUUCACAAGUUUGAAAUUGGUACAAAAUUUUGUAUUCAGGAUACGAUGCAUUCUGCUAUGUCUGUGAUUACUCGUUUGUGCAGCAAAAUGGAACCAAAUGAUGCUGCUUUACCAGAGUGCAGCGCAUAUUUAGGUGCAUUACUGGAGAAUGAUGACCCCAAGGUUUCUGAAUGUGCUUUGCGCUGUUUCGGUGCCCUUACAGAUCGAUUUGUUCGGAAAGCAAUAGAUCCUGCGGAAAUGGCUUGUUAUGGUAAUCUAGUUGAACGACUGCUUAAUUCUUUGGCUCCACCUUUAUUACCAUCUGUUGCAUCAUCUUCUUUGCUAACCGGCACCACUCAUAUUGUUAAUGUUGCAUCAUCGUCAUCCAUAGUAUCUGCAGAUUCAUCAUCAAGUGCAAUAUUGACCAAUCAACGAACUACUUCAUUUAUAAUAUUGGUCAUAUCGCUUCUUAGCAGCCUGUGUAGAGGCUCUAAUGCAGUUGCCGAGCAAGUUAUUAGUUCUUGUCGACUUAUUGUGGCCAUUAAAAAUAUAUUGAUAUGUAAGGAUGAGCACUGUAUUGUUGAUACUCUUCGGUUUUGUGAUAUACUUAUUAUAUUACUGCAUGAAGGGCGCAAAGCUUUGUUAAAAAAUUGCGCUUCUUUAUCUUCUUCAACUGGUGAAACGGCUGAUCGUUCUCGUCGUUUUCACCUUUUGGAUGCAAUAAGGCAAAAGGAUGCUGCAGCACUAAUAAAUUACAUGGAAUCAGGGCAAGUUGUAAAAAUUCUUUUACAAUGUGGGAAUGAUGUUGAAAUGCCUGAAGAAGAUUUUCGAAUGCCAGGGAAAGAAACUGAUCGUCGAGAUGAUGAUAUUAGUUGCUUGGAAAAAGUUUUGGAAGCUCAUUCUAAACAUGGAACGAAAUCGAAAGAGAACAAAAAAACUCUUCCCGCACCAAUGGAAAACGAUGAUGAUGGUAAUAAUGUGGGAGAUAUCCUGAAUUUGGACCAUGAAAUAGUUCGCGAACUUUUGGAACAAUUCCUGCCAAUUUUUUGUGAUGUUUUUCAGCGUUCUAUCGGAAUGAACAUACGACGCAUUUGUCUUUCGCUUUUACGAAAAACAAUUCAUUUUAUGUCAAAUAGUUCGCUAGAUUCAUUGUUAUGCAAUACUGAAGAGGAAAAUUUAUCGAUAGAUUUUGGUGGCAGAGGACAAGGGCUUGCAGAGAAUAUUAUCAACGUUUUAGUUAUGGCUUUAGAUCAGGAAGAUGAUAUUGACUGUCACGAAAACGCCCUAAAUGUAAUUAAGUCACUUUUUUCAAAAAAUGCUGAUUUUUGGCUAGAACAGUUUAUUCGUGUGGGAGUCUUUGAAAAAGUAGAAACAAUUGCCACGCAACCUCCUCCUGUAUCCAAAGGAGGUUUGGUAACAACUAUGGUUGUGGAUGAAAGUGGUCAUGUAUCGAGUGCGUCAUCCGUUUCGGUUUUGGAAAGUCAGCUGGUCAAAGCUGCUCCCAAUGUUUCAAUGGUAGAAGAUCAAAAAUCCUCAUCGGAAAUUGGUGUGAAUCAAAAAGCAUUAAUUUGCAACCAAAAAAAUCGUGAAAUUUUGGAUAAAGUUUCAAAUAUAAUAACAGGUUCAACAUCUGAACAAGGUGGUCUGGAUUUAUCGUCAUUAUUAAAAGAAACGAAUAAGGGAAGAGAAUCCGGUCUUGAUGAUGACGAUCAAUGGGAAAUUGUUGAGAAAGAAAGUUACAAAUGGAAGGAUUGGCGAUUAAUGAAAAGUCGUGAUUCCCUCUUCAUUUGGUGUGAUGCAGUUGCAAUCGAAUUUAGUGAUGGUAGUAAUGGGUGGUUUCGAUUUAUGCUGGAUGGUCAUCUUAAUACAAUGUAUAGUAGUGGAAGUCCGGAAUGUACCGAAGAUAAUGUUGAAACACGUGCAGAAUUUAUUGCCAAAUUAAACACGGCUCGAAACGCUGUUCCACCUGGAAGUUUAUUGAAUACAGUUUUCAGUUUGCCAACUAAUAGAGUGAUCGAAGUUGGAAAUUGGUUGCUUACUUCGCCAAAAAAUGGUGAAGUCUAUAUCACUAAUAAACAAGGGAAUCAACAGCGGCUAAUUAUAAUGGAGGAUCUCCCUGGAUUUGUUUUUGAUUCAAAUCGUCAGACAAAGCAUUGUUUUCAAGCAGAAUCUACUCUUGGACUUGACUUUGUUACCGGUUGGGCUGCACGUGGUGGUGCUCGUCGUUUACGCUUCCGUGCAGAAGCACAAAAGGUCAAACUUCAAGAACUGGCUUUAGAAAUCUAUGAAAAAUAUUUAAAAGAGGCGAGAUCCAAACCUCGUGAUGCUCUGUUGAAAUUGCAGAAAUCAUCUGCUGCAAUAAAGGGGAUUUGUGAAACGUAUUCAACUCAAUUUUUGCCAAUGAGUCCAUAUAACGAGCUAAAGGCAUCUUUGAAUUGUUUAUAUAAUUCUGUAAUUAAUGAUCGACUUUUAUCCACUUUUGAAUUCUCCAUAUCGAAGGUGGUAGAAGCGUUGUUAUCACUUUUGUUAGUUGUACGAAAGGAUCUUAAAUGUUCUAUAGCUAACGUGUUUAAAAAGGUCUUUUCGGACUCUCGUUCGUUUCAUGCAUUAGUUCGAAAAAUGGUGCUUAUACUUGAAGCUACCGAAAAAUUCCCACAGUAUCUCUAUGAUACACCAGGUGGUUCUUCGGUAGGGAUCCAGUUGCUCGGGCGUAAGAUUCGUUUUAAGCUUGAGCAAAUCAAUCCAAAGGCAGCAAGCCAAGGGCAUUUAUUGAAUAGAACAAUGAAGAUUGAACCGUUGACCACUGCAGGUCAGCUUCGAAAUUACAUUUUACGAAUGGUUGCAAGACAGUGGUAUGAUUGUUCAAGGGAAUCAUUCAAUUUUGUGAAGCAGAUCGUUAAUGCUAAAAAACAUGGAAAAGAUAUUUCUUUCGAUUAUACUAGCGAUUUCGACGAAAGAGGCAUAAUUUAUUGGUUGGGUACAAAUGGGUGUACUGUAAAUGAUUGGGUUAAUCCAGCCACUGUUGGCAUUGUUCAUAUUACGACUUCUGAUGGAAGUUUACCAUACGGUCGUCCAGAAGAUAUCCUUAGUCGCGAUAUCAACGCUUUAAAUUGUCAUAGCAGUGAUGAUAAGAGAGCGUAUUUCGUCAUAGACUUUGGUGUUUUGUUCCACCCUUCGUAUUAUACUUUGCGGCACUCACGAGGCUACGGUCGUUCAGCAUUGCGGUCAUGGAGUAUCGAGGGAUCAUAUGAUGGAGUAACUUACGACACUUUAAAAACACACACUAAUGAUACAUCUUUAAAUGAUCCUGGAUCAACUGCAUCAUGGCCACUUAGCUAUUUAGAUAGUCGAAGUUUGUUCUCGUUAUUUUUUAUGAAGCAGUUAAUCAUUAAUCAAACAUACUACUUAUCAGUGUCGGGUUUUGAAAUAUAUGGCAAAAUCGUUGAUGUUUUGGUGGAUGAUUUUAAACCAUUCGAACCUGCUGAGAAAAAUCAGAAUUCCGCCAAAAAUCGUCCAAGGAAGAUUUUGCUUAUUAAAGACAGAAAGGAAUCAAAAAUGAAGAAAGAUGUUGCAAAAACUGAAAAUUCAGAAAGAGCAUCGGCUCCUCCUGCCAGUAAUAUACGUAGUGAGGAACCAACAAAGGGAAUGGAUAAAUCUCUUUCUGACCUAGCAUUUGCACAUCUUCCUGGUGGAAUUCUUAAUAACAGAUUAGCAGCUGAUCUUCGUUCUCAUUCGAGCACGCAUAAUAUGGCAUUAAAAAAUCGGAUGUUCCGUUAUUAUCAGUCUCAUUUAUGGCCUCCAGCAUCUAAUGAUGGAACUAAAAUUGGCUCAUCUGAAUCAGUUAUAUCUGCAAACGAACGUUUGAGAAAAGAUGCUGAAUCUCACACUGGAUUGGUUGGGGAACGGGUAAGACGAGGUCCUGACUGGAAAUGGAAUAAUCAGGGUGGUGAUAUGGAAGGAACGAUCUGUUCAUCAUUAGAAGAUGGAUGGGUUGACGUUUUGUGGGAUGAUGGGAGCACUAAUUCAUAUCGUCUUGGAGCUGAAGGAAAAUUUGAUGUAAUGGUAAUUCCACGUCACCAUUUUAAAUUGGGAUACAAACGUGGUAGUAAAUCAUCUACAGUUUCUCGACGAGUUCAUGCAACAGCAAAGCAGUCUGCCCAGCAGCGUCAGUUGCCGCCUGCUCCCCGACAUUCUAUGGAUCAUACUGCUGCAGGUUCAAUAUUGAGAUCCACCGGUUUCAGCCCAAUGAAUUCGAGAUAUUUUCGAACAAAUGCUCCUCUAACUGAAACUUUGGAUGCUCAAUCUCGCGAUAGUCGAGCCGGUUCAGUUAUAGGGACUACAUCUUCAACUAUUUCACAAAAGUCUAUGUCCACUACAAAUCUUUUAGAUAGGGCGGAACAUGAGAAACAUUAUUCUGUCGCAAGUAGUAAUCAGGCUGCUAGUGCUGAGUCGCUUCAGCAUCAAACUCCUUCUCUCGAAAAUUUGCUCGCUCGGUCAAAGAUUUUUGGAGAUCGUAUACCGGAAGUUGUGAGUGACGAGGCAUACUCUGUAACCGAAUCCCGAGAAAACGGUAGAGCUUGCAUUUUUCCUUCACAUUCGUAG